UAGAAUCGGGCAUAUCUUUUUCCUUUUAUUCCGAUAAAAAAUGGCUGAUGAAAAUAGGAUUUCAGUUAGCGAAGAAAGAGUUGAAAAAAGAAAAGUGGAUGAUUUCGCAGCUUUGUACAAUCUCGACAGCAGUGCUAGAAACUUAACGGAAACAACCGUACAAGAGGGGGCUUUUAAAAAGAUAAAACCAGAGCCUGGGAAUGGCGGCUCAAGUUCCCUUUUGAGCGGAGGAUCUGGAAGUGGCAGUCACAACCCUAGUUCCUGCCCGACCCCCGCGCGGAGGAGACAUCGGACAACAUUUACGCAAGAACAACUACAAGAAUUAGAAUCAGCUUUUGCCAAAAGUCACUACCCAGAUAUAUACUGUCGGGAAGAACUAGCUAGGAUUACCAAAUUAAAUGAAGCAAGGAUACAGGUUUGGUUUCAAAACAGAAGAGCAAAAUACAGAAAACAUGAAAAACAACUCGCCAAGUCUCUGUCUCCAGUAAUGAACCCUGCUUGCAACGGAAUGAUGAGGAACUUGUACCCAACUACGUCUCGGCCCUAUGCUGCUUACUCGCCACACACCAAUAUGAAUUCUAUGGCGAGAUAUCCACAGAUGAACUCAUCAUAUCCUUCAAUGGCUCAGUUUUCAGGGAUGUCCAGUAUGGCUACUUCUAACAUGGCCAGUAUGCCAAGACAAGUUCAACAAUUCCCAAUGGCUUCAGACUAUAGUUUGGACAACCACGAAGAUGAUUGGUAUAACAAAAGUUUGACAGCACUGCGCAUGAACAACAGCCACCACUUAUCAAAUCCUGUCCUACAGUACCAAGCAUGACUAGAGUCAGAAUCAGGAAAAAUAGACCAUUAAGGAGGGCAACCAUUGCUUCAUCAUCAUCAAAAGUGCUGACAUUAUAACUAUGAAAUGAACAUGAUUAUCGUCUAGUCUUAAAGAUUUAUCUUAAAUUGUAUAGAUUCAUCAAUAUCUGUAAGAUAUUCAAAUCGAUUUGGAAAAUCCUGCAUUUGAAGUACCGUUAUCUUUGUAUUCUAAUAUCAAUGUCCAAUUUCUGUUAAAGCAGUCAUCUGCCGAGAAAUAAGCCAUAGCCAAGGACUCACACCUAGAAACCUGCUUUGUCAUAUUUUGGAAAGGAAAACCAAGAAAUUCCAAAUCGAACAUAUGAUUGAUACUAGUAGACUCUUUUAUUUAUUUGACACUCUUAACUUCUAGAGUAUGUUUAUUUGAAGCUAUUCAUUGGUUUAAAUCAAAACCAAUUUUGCAAGACUUUCUAAAUUGAUGCUGAUUUCCUUGGAUUUUUGUAUAGAUGCAAACUACAGGCUUCAAACUUGAAGUAGUGAAAUUUGCAG